GUACUGUCAAAUUUACGCGCGCAAAAGAGCGAGUUGUUUGCUGAUAGUUUGUGGUGAACGAACGUGUUUUCGAUAGUGCUGAAAAGUUUUGUUAUAAUAACUCAAUUUUAUAAGGAUUUUGCAUCAAUAGAAUAACCAGAACCACUUAACAAGAUGUCUGACAAUCCCAGCUCUCCGCCACCGAACACUCCGAGCGACCUCGAUCGCCGGAAUCUUCGCGCCGCUAUGACCUCUCCGGUGGGCGAGUUUGAACCGUUCGAAAAUGAGGAAGAAAUUCUGGGCGAUAUGACCAUCCGGGAGGACAAUUACGACGAAGAUGAAGAGGGGGAGGACUUGUUCGGAGAUAACGUUGAAAAUGAUUAUCGUCCGGUUCCCCAUCUGGAUCGCUACGAUUUGGACCAGCUGGACCAGGAGGUUUACAGCGACAUUUCACAGACGGAUCGGGCCGCCGCCGAGGCGGAAAUGCGUCGGCGAGAUCGCGCCGCUGGAGUUCAUCGUGACGACCGGGAGCUGUUCUAUGAGCGCAGCGACGAUGAGGAUGACAUUCCGCGGGCCAAGCGACGUGCUGCGGAAAAGGCUGCCGAUGGCGAGGUGGAGGACACUGAAAUGAUCGAAUCGAUCGAGAACCUCGAGGACACCAAGGGGCAUAGCAUCAAGGAGUGGGUGUCGAUGUUGGGUCCGCGAACGGAAAUUGCCAAUCGUUUCAAUAGCUUUUUGCGGACGUUCGUCGACGACAAGGGACAGUACGUGUAUCGGGACCGGAUUCGCCGAAUGUGCGAACAGAACAAGUCGAGCUUUGUGGUGUCGUAUACGGAUGUGGCCAAUAACCAGCAUGUGUUGGCUUACUUCUUGCCUGAGGCACCGUUCCAAAUGCUCGAAAUUAUGGACAAAGUGGCGAAGGAAAUGGUGCUGAGCAUCUAUCCCACAUACGAAAGAGUUACAAACGAGAUUCAUGUCCGCAUUUCCGACUUGCCGUUGGUGGAAGAGUUGCGCACUUUCCGGAAACUUCACUUGAAUCAGUUGGUUCGUACCCUGGGAGUAGUUACUGCGACGACUGGAGUGCUGCCGCAGUUAUCUAUCAUUAAGUACGAUUGCGUCAAAUGCGGUUAUAUUCUGGGUCCGUUCGUACAAAGCCAGAACACAGAGGUCAAACCCGGUUCUUGUCCAGAGUGUCAAAGCGCUGGACCAUUCUCGAUCAACAUGGAGCAAACCUUAUACAGAAACUACCAGAAAAUUACCCUGCAAGAGUCGCCGGGUCGAAUCCCAGCCGGACGUAUCCCUCGCAGCAAAGAUUGCAUCCUGUUGUCGGAUCUUUGCGACCAAUGCAAACCGGGAGAUGAAAUCGAGGUGACCGGAAUCUACACAAACAAUUACGACGGAUCUCUUAACACAGAGCAAGGAUUCCCAGUGUUUGCAACGGUUCUCAUUGCCAAUCAUCUGGUCGUGAAGGAUAGCAAACAGGUUGUCGCUUCUCUCACCGAUGAGGACAUUUCCACCAUUCAAAAACUGAGCAAAGACCCCCGCAUCAGUGAGCGCAUUGUCCAAAGCAUGGCUCCGUCGAUCUACGGGCACGACUACAUUAAACGUAGCUUGGCGUUGACCUUGUUUGGCGGGGAAGCGAAAAACCACGGCGAGAAACAUAAACUUCGAGGUGACAUCAACGUCCUGAUCUGCGGAGAUCCCGGAACGGCAAAGUCUCAGUUCCUCAAGUAUUCGGAAAAGAUUGCCCCUCGUGCCGUGUUUACUACCGGACAGGGUGCCUCGGCCGUCGGUCUCACGGCUUACGUGCGCCGAAACCCCGCUACUCGCGAGUGGACUUUGGAAGCGGGUGCGCUCGUCCUUGCCGAUCAGGGUGUCUGCCUUAUCGACGAGUUCGACAAAAUGAACGAUCAGGAUCGAACCUCCAUCCACGAAGCCAUGGAACAACAGUCGAUCUCCAUUUCCAAGGCGGGCAUCAUCACGUCCCUACAGGCCCGUUGUGCCGUAAUUGCCGCGGCCAACCCUAUCGGCGGUCGGUACGAUCCCAGUUUGACCUUCUCGGAGAACGUGAACCUGUCGGAGCCGAUUCUGUCCCGUUUCGAUAUCCUGUGCGUGGUGAAGGACGAGUACGAUCCGAUGCAGGAUCAGCAUUUGGCGCGGUUUGUCGUCGGGUCGCACAUCAAAAACCAUCCCACGAUGGACGAGGUCAUUCCGGAAUCACAACCCACCGACGGUAUGCAGAUUCCGCAAGAUUUGCUCAAGAAGUACAUCGUUUACGCGAAGGAGAACGUGCAUCCCAAGCUGACGAACAUGGACCAGGACAAGAUUGCCAAAAUGUACUCGCAGCUGCGCCAGGAGUCCCUCUCCACCGGUUCCUUGCCCAUCACGGUACGACACAUCGAAAGUGUUAUCCGCAUGUCGGAAGCGCACGCCCGCAUGCAUCUGCGCGAUACGGUGCAGGACGUAGACGUCAACAUGGCCAUCCGGAUGAUGCUGGAGAGUUUCAUCGAGGCGCAAAAGUUCAGCGUCAAGAAGAAGAUGCAAUCCACCUUCCAGAAGUACCUGUCGUUCCAGAAGGAUCACUCCGAGCUGUUGUACUUCAUUCUCCGUCAGCUGACGCUCGACCAGUUGGCGUACAUUCGCUGCAAGGAGGGGCCUCGCGCUACCCAUGUGGAAAUUAUGGAAAAGGAUCUCAUCGAGCGGGCCAAAACGGUGGACAUUCACAACCUGAAACCGUUCUACGACAGCGAGGUUUUCAAAAUGAAUGGCUUCGUUUACGAUGCUAAGCGUAAAACAAUUUUACAGAUUGUGCCAGAAGCAGCGCAGGCGUAAUUUUAAUGUUUUGUCUUUAUUUUCUAUUUUAAUUGCCCACCAUAUUGUACAACUGCUUUUUUAUAUAUAAGGUUUUUUUUUAUUAUA